CCCAGCUCACCUGCACGGGGAAGGUCAGUGCGGCCAACGACGAGGGCAGUUCUUUGUGUUAAGAGAGUGUGAUCCUGAAGCCCCAAGUAUAUGGCCUUCAUUCCCUCUCUCCAUUGUCAAACUGUCAGCUCCUUGGUCCCCAUUCCCAGCUCAGGGUGAGGGCCCCGCGGCUGUGUGUUCUGCUGGAUGGUGAUGCAGGUGGGACAGUGUCACACUGAACUAGGUGGCCCUGGAGAGGCAGUUUCCCUUCUACCUCCCACCUGCCUGCCCCCAGGGAGGAAGGAGGAUGGGAAGGGUGUGCCAACCUCCAGGAGUGCUGAAGCCCUCACAUCUGGGCCACACACACUUGAGGAUGCCAGGGCCAGCAGGCACUCAGCUGAGGCUCACACACCUGAGGGUCACACAGGGCAACCCUGCACCUGCAGGGCCCCGAGGGUGACAACCUGCUUAUAUUUUAGAAUGAGGCCUCCUUGUAUCUAGAACGAGGGCCUCCUUACAUUUUGCAUCCUGGUGCCCUGCUUCCCUUACCCUAGCCCUAGCCCUGCUGGAUGUGUUUUAAAGACAGCACUGCCUGAAUUUGGAAUCUUGGUAGAGAUUCGGGGUUCAGUGCCACAAGGAAGGGCGCCUGACCCCAUCCACGUGAUUGACCACCAGGCCCUUGGGGGAGCGGGUUGGUUGGUGUGUGUGGCCUGGGGAGACAGACACUCAAGACAAGAUGGCCUGUGCCACCUCACAAUGGGGGGGGGCUGCAAAGAAUUUGUGGCCCUUUUUAAUCUAACACAUCUCCUGCAACAGAGACCCGAAGUGACAGUGCUUUAAUUAGGCACGAUUCCCUCACUUGGUUUAGAAGUAGAUGGGAGUCAAUUUAUAUUUUCUGCUCUCGAACCCAGCCAUCCCCUCAUAUGUCUCUGAGGAUGUGAUGGUGUCACAGGGAUGAGCAGGAAAGCUGCCACCUGUCAUGGGCUUACGUGAGAGGUGGCACCUGGUACAGGGUUGGGAAGACUGGGAGAUGUGGGGAGAGAAGCCUUAGGGACCCGAGUGGCAGGAGCUUCCUCACAGCAGAGUCCCCAGGGGACAGUGACUUGGCUCCACCUUGGAUUGCGGGGCCGGGAGGAUGGCAGUGGGGCUGGUGUCAUCAGGGCCACGGGGUGCAGACUUCUUGGUGGACUUGGCUCUCUGGAGGGACAGAAGGAAGUGGAGGACAUGGACUGGAGGAGCCCACACCUGUCCUCACCCAGUGAGGCUGCCGUGACCUGGCCCAGCCCCAGGAGCUGCACAGAGGAGCACCCAGAGACCAGUCCUCAACCUUGUCCCAGCUGCCGGAGUCACGGCCGCUCACAGUCCCAGACUUGCUCGGCUGCUCACCUCAGGACCCCAGGCAGAGUGGGUAGAGUGGACCCCACCCAUGUCCAGGUGCUCAGGGCAAAUUUGUUGAGUCUGGGACUGUCAUGUCCUUUGUCCCAUGCCUUACCCAGGCCACACAGAAGGAGCACCGUGAGGGGGGGUGAGGACGGGCUGCUGGGGAAUUUGGACCCGGUUCUUGGCUAUUGGGUUUGAGCCAUCCUGGCUGCAGACCCUCAGGCUGUGGCAGCUUCCAGCACCCAGAAAAGGGAGCCUUACAGCUUAGCGCCCUGGCCAGGAGCAGGCUGGGUGCACAGGUGAUGGGAAGGGCAUCUCCAUGGUUCUCACUCACCACUGCCUGGACACUAGGCAGGUCACAAGGCAGCAAAGGGGCUGUUUCCUGCCUCAACUGAUUCAGACAUGUUGAAAAUCCAUCCACAGCUAGACUGGAGGGUCCCCUGCCAAUAACAAGAUGGGUCUCCUCUCUCCAGGUGACUCCCUACUGUGUCCCCUGGAGGCCCCAGGAAAUGCCCUCCCCACCUGCACUUUCCCACCAGCAUCCUCCCAGCCACCAGCCAGGGCCCUGGAGCACCGUGAAUGGGGCCCAGGGCCUGACUGCACCUCAUUCUCCAUGACCUGGGUGGGCAGGUGCUACCCCUCAGGGAGACUGGGUGUUUCCCACAGAUAAUGUGGAGUUGCUAACUGCCCCCUUUCGAGGUGCUGUGCCAACUAAACAAGGUGGAUGUACAAAGCCCAGGAUGAAGCCUGGUGUGAGGAGGGCCUCUGUUAAAGUGUUGAUCGGCGUGGGCACUGAGACCUUCCUUCGAGGGCAGUUCACAAGCCUGGCUUUCUAUCUCCUGUUUACCGGAGCCGCUGUCUCACUGUGCGAAGGGGCCUAUUUUGUGGUUCAGCUGCUGACCAUCUGCUUCCAGUGUCCGCCAGGCUCCCUGGCCCACAGAGCCAGGGAGAGGGCCCACUGGCUGGGCUGCUUCCAGAAGUUCCUGGCCUAUGUGCUGCUGUCCGUGGCCUGCUUCCUCCACCCCGUCCUGGUCUGGCACGUGACCAUCCCAGGCUCCAUGCUCAUCGUCACAGGCCUGGCCUACUUCCUGCUGAGCAAGCGGAAAAAGAGCAAAGCCGCCCCUGCCACACUUACCCCCGUGGAGCAGUACACAGACCCCUCCAGCAGCGUGGUCAGCACCACCGGCUCUGGGGACACCGAGCAGACGUACACCUUCCAUGGGGCCCUCAAGGAGGGGCCCGGCUCCCUCUUCACCCACAUGAAGAGCAUCUUAAAGGGGACCAAGCAGCCCCAUGCCCUGCAGCCCCCCAGUGCCGUGGUGGAGCUCACUCUGGAGCCAGCGGAGCCAGGCGCCAAGAAGCAGGUGCACUUUGAAGAGAAAGUGGUCAAAAUCAUCCCGUCCCUGGGCGAGGGCCUGGACAAUGGGGACAGCGAGCCAGAGGAGACCACCUCAGACACCACCCCCAUCAUCCCUCCGGCCCAGGGCCUACUCUUCUUGUCUUCGCUCACAGCCUCAGGCCUGUUCUGAACUCCCUGUUUCAGCCUUGGGGCACCGAGGGGGCCUUUGCCUGGAGUUCCCUGACAUCUGCAGGCCCAAUGAUCAACUCGCCCCCUCGUAACUCAGCUCCUCGAUGGGUUCAUCCUCAUGGGGGCUGGGCCUCUGGGGCCAUCAGGUAGCCUGAAAAUCCACCAGCCAGCUGUCCCCAAGGGAGGCACAAAUGAAACUCAUGCAGCCUCAGCCAGCACAGUCCUCCCUCCUGGCUGUGGAGCCCAGAGAUCCUCAGGCUGUCCCCCAAAAGAGAUCAGGUCUCCCACCUCACUAAAGGCUGCAGGUGCCCCUGCCUCGGCCCCAGAAGGCACAAAUCCAGUCCACCCAGAAGAAGCCACUGGGUUUCCCUGGCCCCUCCCAGGACCCUGCAUUCACCAAGACCCCUUUGUGGCCUAGUUAAGCAUCUCAAAGACAUUUGUUAAGGGUGGCCUUGGGUCCAGCUGAGAUUGCCCAGGGUGGAGAGGGGCGGCCAAACUGACCCUCCAGGGAAGGGAGUGGCGCCAGGUCAUGGGCCCUCCAGGGAAACAAUGCCAGUCUGUGCUGAGAGAAAGCCAGGCCAGUGGGCCAAGCAAUCCCAGAGGCAUCCUGGUCACAUGGACUUUGGGCUCUUUCAAGAUUCCACAGAGAUGACGUUGGCUGAAAGGUCCUGGAAAGCCUGGGUCUGCAUUUAGCAGGAUUGCCUGCCUGUGGGGGCUGAGCCCUGGGGUCUACACAGCACCAAGAGGGGCCUGGGAGCAGAAUGGGUGGUAAAUGUGUUUGUUCAAACUGGGAAGGAGGGAGGAAAGCAGGCCAGCUGUCUGCCGUGGCACUACAGAGAAGUGAUGAUGAGCUCAUAAUGAACAAAACUCAUUGGAGUUAGAUGCUCAAGUGAUUUGCAAUAUAGUUUUUACUUCUAAAAGAGUGUUUUUUGGCUCCUUAGACUGUUGCAAAGAAGAGCAGACAGGUUAUUCCUGAUAAUGAGCAAUCCUAAGAAGAAGCACAUCUUCCAACUAGAGAGGCUUAAUGCACACUUUGAUGUCUACAUAAGAAAGUUGUGUUGAUUCCUGUAGACUUUUCAGACUGUAGACUUGUGUUGAAUUGCCUACAAGUUACUUUGCAUCUGUGUUGGAAUAAUGGCCAGCCAGAAGCCAGCAUCAGUGUGGUGCCUGAAAACAGUAGACAUUCCAAGUAAGCAGAGCACUUGCCUGCAAUAACCCAGUUCUUCUCUGAAAUCGAAUGAGAAAAGCAAAUAAGCACAUUCCAGUAAGCCCUUGACUCUGCAAGCCCUAGAGCUGUUUGUUUUGCUGCCACUGAAGAGGGACCUCCAAGGUCUGAAAGCCCAGAGGCAGGUGGGAUCAAGUAAUAUAGAAUGUACUUUGUGGGUGGGCAUGGAUUGUACACAAUUCCUAAUGGGCCAGGGGUCCCAGGCAGGCCCCCUGUGCAGGAGCAGAGUGGGGGAGAACCAGCUAGCUUGCCAUCUGCCCUGUGUGGAAGGGAAUGUGAUCCACAGAGAAGCUGACAGCAAAGGUAUUUCACCUCUGUAGGGAUCUGGCUGCUCCUGCUCACCAGGCAGGGCAACCUUCUCAGAGCCGGGGGAGCUUGACGACUGGGUCUCAAGAGUCAAAACCUACAGUGUCACCCCAGAUCCAUCAGCCCCAUUUAAUAACAAAUUUGUAAGACUGCAAGCUAGAGCAAUGCUUUGGAAAUGUCUUAGAGGUAAGAGGUAUUGGAGAUUCCUGAGGACACGUUGUGCAUGAGGUCCUGGUUCUGAGACAUCCAGCCUUCCUGGUCCCCAUCACCAGUUAGGGGCGAAUCUGCUGGCUGCACCACCUGAGAGGUUCCAGUCAUGCUCAGACUCUCUUGCUGUGGCCAAAAUAGGAGCUGGGGUGAGGCCAUUAAAUAGACCAUGGCCCUCAUGCCUAUAAGCCAAGUGGGCAAGAAAGUGGCACUUGCUCAGCAGAAGCUGCAGUAGACAUAUUUUAGAUGUGGCACAAGAGCCUUUCGAAGUAGGCUGGGGGGCAUUUAAUCUGCCCCUCACAUGCUGAUUGACUUUGGCCUUCCUCUCUCACAUCACUGCUCUCAGGUUCUUCUAUUAAGUGGAACCAAAAGCACUUCUCUCUACAAAUUCGUGUACUGAUUGCACAGGACAGAUGGGAAAGUGCUCUUCAGACUACAAAACUCACUGAAUAAGCACAAAGACACGUUUCUGUGCAGCCCCAAGGUAAGGGAGCUCCAAGGAGACAGCACGAAGAUUUCUAUCAGGGCAAGAGUGAUUUAGUUCCAAGAGCUCCUUUCUCAACUCCACAUUCCAGGGUUGGAGCCCACCCCAGUCCCUUUCCCAGCUUAGACAAAGAGCUGUCACGUACCCCCAGUCAUGAGGAGCAAAGCCCUGUCCUUAUCACUCUCCCAUCUGCCCUAACAUUUAAAAGAAUAUUUAGGAUCUUCGUUGAGAUACUAUUCACAUACUAUAAAAUUCAUCCAUUUAAACUGUACAAUUCCAUGGUUUUUUGUACAUUCAGGGUUAUAAAACCAUCGCUGUGAUCUAAGUUCACAACACUUUCACCACCCCAAAAAGAAACCCCAUACCCAUUAGAAGCCACUUCUCACUACCUCCCACCCACCCUACACAACCUCUAAUUUAGUUUCUGAUUUUAUAGAUUUAUCUGUUCUAGGCAAUUCGUAUAACUAGAAUCAUACACUAUGUGGCCUUUGAGACUGGCUCUUUUCAGUUAGCAUAAAGUUUCAAGGUCCAUCCAUGUUGUAACAUGUGUUAGUACUUCAUUCCUUUUUAUUGCCCAGUAAUAUUCCAUCAGAUGAAUUAUCACAUUCUGUUGAUCCUUUCAUCGGUUGAUGGGCAUUUGUGUUGUUUCCACUUUGCUUGCCUGUUACAAAUAAUGUUGCUAUGAACAUACAUUCAUCUACAAAUUUUUAGGAGGACAUAUGUUUUCAUUUCUCUUAGGUAUAUACCAGGGAAUAGAAUUGCUGGGCUGUAUAGUAACUUUAUACUUAACAUCGAGGAGCUAUCAAACUGUUUUCCAGAGUAGCUGAACCAUUUAACAUUCCCACCAACAAUGAAUGAGAUUUACAGUUUCUCCACAUUCCUGCCAACAUGUAUUGUCUGUCCUUUUGAUAAUAGUCUUCUUGAUAGGUGUGAAGUGGUGUGUCAUGUGGUUUCGAUUUGCAUUUCCCUAAUGAUUGAUGUUGAGCAUCUUUUCAUAAGCUGAUUGGCGAUUUGUGUAUCUUUUUUGGAGAAAUGUCUAUGUAAAUACUUUGCCCAUGUUUAGUUGUGUUAUUCGUCUUUUUAUUGUUGAGUUGUAAGAGUUCAUUAUAUAUUCUGGGUACUCACCACCUAUCAGAUACAUGAUUUGCAAAUAUUUUCUGCCAUUCUAUAAGUUGCCUUUAUAUUUCCUUGAAAAGAGUCAUGAGAAGUGCCAAAGCUUUUAAUUUUGGUAAAGUCUAAUAUAACUAUGUUUAUUUUUGUUGCUUGUUAUUCGAGUGUUACAUCGAAGAAACAAUUGCCUAAGCAAGGGCACAAAGAUUUAAUUCCUAUUUUUUCUUCUUAAAGUUUUAUAGUUUUAGACCUUACAUUUAAGUCUAUGAUCAAUUUUGAGUUAACUUUUGUAUAUGGUAUGAGGUAGGAGUCCAAUUUAAUUCUUUUACAUGAGGAUAUCAAGUUGUCCUAGCACUAAGGAAAAGAGCAUAAAUAUGCAAUAAUACUGUCUUUUAAAAUUGGCUACAUAAUUUCCUUAGCCAGCACUCUCUAUUAGGCAAAUCUGCUAGCAGUGAAUUCUCUUAGCUUUUGUUUAUCUGGAAAUGUCUUUAUUUCAUCUCAGUUGUUUGAAAGAGUUUUGCUGGAUGUAAGAUUCUUCACUGAGACUUAUUUUCUUUGGGCGCUUUGAAUAUGAUAUCCCACUGCCCCUGGCCUCCAUGGUUUCUGAUGGGGGUAGGUUGUUACCCUUCUUGACGUUCCCUUGUACAGGAUGAUUCAUUUUUCUCUUAUUGCUUUCAAGAUUUUUUAUCUUUGGCUUUCAACAUUUUGUCUGGGUAUAGAUCUUUUUUGUAUCUAUCCUACUUGGAAUUCACUGAGCUUCUUGGAAGUGUAGAUUAAUUUUUUUCAUCAAAUUUGGUAAUUUCUCAGCCAUUAUUUCUUAGAAUAUUUAUUCUGUCCCCUUCUCUCCUCUGUUUCUGGUACCCCCAUUAUGAAAAAGUUAGUGUACUUAAUGCUGUCCCACAUUUGUCUAAGGCCUGCUCAUUUUUCUUCAUUCUUUUUAUUUUCUACUUCAGAUUGCAUAAUCUCUAGCAAUCCAUCUUCAAGGUGGCUGACUCUUUCUUCUGCUAUCUCAAAGUUACUGUUCACCCCUCUGGUGAUUUUCUUAUUUUGGCUAUUGUACUUUUCAGCUGCAGAACUUCCAUUUGCUUCUUUUUAUAUAUAAUUUCUGUCUCUUUAUUGAUUUUCUCUGUUUGGUGAGACAUUGCCACACCUUCCUUUAAUUUUUUUAAGCAUGUUUUCCUUUGUUCUUUGAACAUAUUUAUAAUAGUUGCUUUGAAGUCUUUGUCAGCUAAGUCCAACAUCUGGGACCCCUCAAAAGCUGUUCCUACUGCCUGUUACUUUUCAUGCACAUGGAUCACACUUUACUGUUUCUUUGAUUUUCUUGAAAUUUUGUUCAAAACUGGACAUUAUUCAGCUGUCUGAAUUUCUGCUUAUCAAGGACUCCAGUAAUAGGAUUAAGACCCAUCCUGAUUGAGGUGGGCCACACCUUAACUGAAGUAACCUCAUCCAAAGGUCUUAUUUGCAAUGAGUUCACACCCAUAGGAAUGGAUUAAGUUUAAGAUGUUUUUCUGGAGGACAUACAGCUUUGGACCACCACAAUCCCCUUGGCUGUGCUGCCUGGAGUAGAACUUAUACAACACAAGCUGAGAAGGAUGAGAAACACCAAUAUCCUGCUCCUUCUGAGGUGAAACCAUGGCCCUAGAUGAGGAUCUGGGAGGAGAGGGAGCCUUAGGUUCUUGGCCACACCUACCCAGAGUAGAGUUUCCAUAAGGUAGAGCAGGAUGGGGGAAGGGAGCAGGUCAUGAUUCAAAUGCCGCAGCCCCUUACUAUUCUCACCAAGAUUUGGUAGACUUUCUAGAAUGAGUGUUUCUCCAUUUGGCUUUAUGUCCUUAGGACAAUUUCUGCUGACUUGAAAUGACUGACAUUUGUAAUUUUGGCCAGUGAAAUUGUUAUUUUGUUAGGGAGAUGGUCCCCCAAGAUCCUCACUCUGUCAUUCGGGAAGUCCUAAGUUGGUUGGUUGGUUGGUUGGUUGGUUCAUUGGUUGGUUGGUUGGUUGGUUGGUUGGUUGGUUGGUUUUGCAAUGACAAUGAAGAAAUGGGGUGCAUAUGUGAGAACUUGGUCCAUCAGGUAGAAAAGAUGUAGAUCUGAGUCCUACAUCAGGGACUUUUUCCCCAUCCCUUGUAUGUGCAAAAUUUUAAGCUUUCCCUGCCAGUCAUCCAGUCACCAUCUGCCUUUCCAGGCCCUGGGCUCAGCUGGAGUCCAGAGCUGCUGACCAGCAAGUGGACAGGCCGCCAGAAGAGGGAAGAAAAGCGGAGUGCUCUUUGGAGAAAAAGAGGGGCUGUCCACCUUGGCUGGAACGAGCUCCUCCCAUGGGACCUACCUGGCUGGCUGAAUGUCUCAGCAUUGUCCAGAGAAGACAGAAGAACUGAUAAAUCAUCACCCUUGCACAUGAGAGAAUGGGAAUUUGGAGAAACCGAGUUUCAUUUAAGUAGAAUAUGAUGCCCUGAGUUUCACAAAAUGACAAGGGUGGAAACAGCUGCACAAAGAGAAAAACACAUGCUAGAAGUCAGGUGUCAGCUGUAUGGCCCUGCUUGGCUCUGCCAAGAUUUGGGGCCUUGGGUAAUUCUUGUUAUGUAACUUGAAGGCUACCUCUAAUAGCCCAUCCAGCGCCAAGCCUCAGGGACCCCAGCUAUGCACUCUAAUAGGGAGCAUCUGCCCAAUCUCAGAGCAGGCCCAAGAGAAAUCCAGCACUGAGUCUUAAGUUACAGUUUGCAACGUUUUGAUGGCACUAGCUGCUGGGAAAUUUUCAGUAUCUCAGGCAGUGGGAAAUGUCAAAGGUGGGAGGAGGGGGUUGCAUUGGGGAAUAUACUGGGGCAGGAACAAGAGCCCAUCCAAUGGAAUUUUACCAACUAAUGGAUACUGAAAGCCUCUGUGAGUCUCAGAUCACAUUUCCCUUUAAAAAGCAAGUAAUGAGUAGAGCUAAUGGGCAAUGGAUUUGAUGAUUCAUUUGUCCCUAAACAGCUACUUCUGACUGAGGGUACCCAUGGCCUCCCCACUCAGCCGCAAGUUGCUUUUCUGAGGUGUCCAGAGUGGGGGUGGGGUUGCCACCAGCUCACUGUUGCUUUGGUUUCCAGGAAACUGGGUGAGAUUUUUGUAGCCCUGAGUCUUGGGUUCCUCUUUCCAGAGUGGAACACAUUCCUUUCUUUCAAAACCAGCAGCCCCAUGAUAAAUUUAGAGAACAGGUUGCUAGGAACAAGAGUCAGCUUAAAUCGACAAACCUUUUUUUAGCCCCCACUGUGUGCACCAGGCACCAUGCUAGCUGCUGGGGUUGAAGGGAUGAGUAAGGCAUGCUGUCCGCCACAUAGAUAGCACCACAAGUGUGGCUGACAUGAAGUAGAUGUGAGGGUUGCAGUUGCAAACACUAUGCUGAAUUUGGAUGGGGAAAUCCAGGAAGACUUCUCGGAGGAGAUAAACUUUGAGUUGGGCUUCAAAAGUGGGUUUAGAAUAUAAUCAGGUGCAAAAUUAUAUAACCUGGGACAGGGAACCAUGGCCAUGUUCACCAGUGUCAGAAAGGGACAGUUAUAUUUUCCACACAUAGUGAAGAAGGUUUUUGUGCAGUAGACAGAGUAAAAGGCAAAGAGCUGUCUCAACGAUGACAAUAACAGGUGACAGCAACUGAGUCCUAAGUGCACGUGGCAUUCGGGACUUGGCAUGUUCACUCUCAUCUAGUCCUCUCACCCUAUGGGGUGUGAUCUGUUGGGGUCACAUUUUAUAGAUGGGGAUUUAGUGACUGGCACGCAGCUAGUAAAUGGCGGAGUAAGGAUUCAUGCAGACCCCAGGCCUGGUUCUCAGUGCCAUCAGGAGAUCAGAGUCCAAGCCUGGCCAGAGACCUCAACUGUGGCUUUCCUCUUGGGGCCUCCCUCCUUUCAUCUUUGAAUGAGGAGGGGCUUGACCUGUGUCACCCUGUGACUUUCAUUUCUAGGGCAGUUGAGUCUGGGUGGGCAGAGAGAAGGGGAUGAUGGGGAGAGAAGAAGGAAGGGGAAAGUGGGGAGCGCUCAGCCUGAGGAGUGGAACGCGUCCCCCUUCUCUACUGCUCCGCACUUUGGCUGUGACUGCUGUUUACCUGUCCCCUCCUUUGUUGUACAUCUUGCCCAUGUAAUUUCUAUUCUGAGCACUAAGCAGCCCCCACCCCAACCACCACCUAUCCAGAGCUGGUGCCCCCAGCUUGGCCUGCCCCAGGCACAUCCCGGAGCCUGUUAUGCUCACUGUUCAAGGCCCUGGCCAUUUGGACACUUCCUGGGGGGGGGGCAUGAUGGGAGAGCCUGGGAGCUGUGUCAAGCCCUCCUGCAAGCCCCUGCUAAGCCCAGGAUGAGAACCACGGCCUCAGCAAUGUUUGCCUCUCUCUGUGCAGGUAAGACACAGGUAAGCAAUGACACCUCGACACACAGACACCCAGCAUGGGCUCCCUCUGAGGUUUCCUCCCCCCUGCCUGGGUCUCCUGCUCCCUCCUGCUGGCUGUGCUCCAAACCCUGGGGUUGAUAAAAAAUGUUACUAGAUGCCAACCAGACUCAGCUAUGCAAGGGCUUCUCUACCCCUGAUCCCAGAGCUCCCUGGCUAAGAACUCUCUCAGCAGUGGAAGCGAACGGCACACGGCUCUUGUCCAGCCAAAGUCACCUUCCCAGAGCCCCCACCCCUCACACUGAUUCCAGGCAAAAGCAGUGGGUUCUCUGCCAGGUGUGCAUAAUAGCCAAUUCAUAACAGGGUUCAAAGAGAGAAAGUUUAACACUAGGCACAGAGCAGGAGAUCAGAUGGACUUGAGCGCAAAAAUCUGUCUCCCUGAACUUCAGUAAUUCUGGCAAUUUUAUGGUAUCAAAAGAUGGGCAGGUUUUAGGAUAAUGAGUACAAUGGCUCCAGAUGACAAGGUUAGAGAUGAUCUAAUU